AUGUAUCUGUCUUUGUUUAUACUCUCUGCGCUGGUGCCGCUUGGUGCAACUGCGCCAAGUAGGUUCGUCAAGAAGGGACAAACUUUCUCUUCUUCGACCCCCAAACCCGCAACUUCUUUUGCAGAAUGCCAGCGGAAUACAUGCGAUGACCCAUUGUUAGGAUGUCCCAAGGGAACGCUAUACGUGAGCCAGACUAGCUCAAAGGCGGAUUUUUCUUCUAUCCAGGCCGCGAUUGAAUCUCUCCCUAACGACAACUCAACUCAAUACAUCCUCAUUGCUCCGGGUAACUACACAGAGCAGCUCAACGUAACGCGUCCUGGACCUUUGCGCCUUCUGGGCGUCAGUGACCGGCCAUAUCUGGGCAAGUCGUAUAGUGACGUGAGCUCUGACACGGACCACUCGAACGGCGUGACAGUCAUCUGGGCUAAGUCCAAUACGGACAACACAGGUCUCAGUGUGGAUAACGCUGUCACAAGUGUGCUUACGGUAGCGCCAACAUACGAUGCCUCCCUGACAGGCUCUGGCCCCACGGGCUUUGCUGUGCCUGAAGACACUCCUUUUGGCAAUACCGAUUUCCGCGCCUACAAUAUAGACUUCCGGAAUGUGUACUCUGAGUACUCUUCUGGACCUGCACUGACAGUAGGCGUCUCGUACGCCAAUGCUGGCUUCUACAGUUGCGGCUUCUACUCGUAUCAAGACACCGUCUAUGUUGGCAAGCUCGGCAAUGCUUACUUUUACGACACCAUCGUGGCUGGUCAGACUGACUUUCUCUAUGGUUUUGGUACAGCCUGGAUUGAGGAAUCGACCUUGGCUCUCCGUGGUUGCGGUGGUGGCAUUACUGCAUGGAAGGGAACCAACACCACCUUUACCAACAAGUAUGGUGUAUAUAUCUCGAAUUCGCAUGUUAUUGCCGCCAACUCCUCUAUCGCACCCUCAAUCAAAGGCAAGUGCGCGCUCGGUCGCCCUUGGAACGCCCAGCACCGCAGUAUCUUUGUCGACACCUACCUAGAUGCCAGUAUUCUUCCUGCUGGUUAUAUUGAAUGGAGCUCCACUGACCCUCGCAUCAACAACUACACCUUAAUGGCUGUUUAUGAAGACUACGGCCCGGGUUACAACAUCUCUGCCAUUGAGGCUCACUCCAACAUUACAACCGUUUUGAAUUCUAAGACCUACGCUCCUUAUAGUAGCCCUAGUAAGGUGUUCUUGACUGAGGAUGGCGUUCCUGGAGACUCGAAGUGGAUUGAUUCAAGUGUCUUCAGGGCAUGA